ACGAGGAUGAACUCCGCUAUGGAAUACGAGAUAAGGCCAUUGCCUCCGUUCCGGUGCGAACAAAUAGAAAGAUCUAAACUUAGUCGAGAGUGGAAGUCAUGGAGGAAUAUGUUGGAAUGUUAUUUUGAAGCUCACUCUAUCUUUGACCAACGAAUUAAGAGAGCCAAGCUGUUGUUCCUUGGAGGUCCACAGCUGCAACGGGUGUUUGAGAAUCUGUCCGAUACUGACAAAAUACCUUUGGUUGCUCUGGAAAAGAAAUGGUAUGACGUAGCCAUAGAAAGAUUGAAUCAUUUUUUUCAACCAGUUCGACAACAUACUCUUGAACGUCAUCGCCUUCGAGAAAUGAAGCAAAUGAAGGAUGAACGAUUCGCCCAAUUUGUAAUGCGUUUAAAGCAACAAGCAGCAGAUUGUGGCUUCGAUAAAUAUUCACCCGAAGUAUCCAGCAUUUUGACCGAGAUCACGAUAAUAGACGUAAUUGUGCAAGGAUGUCUUUCUACUGAGCUACGUCGUCGUAUUCUGAAGGAAGAUCAGACCUUAGCUGAAAUUGAAGCAUUGGGAGCUAUGUUCGAGUGCGUGGAUGAACAAUUAAAGAGUUUGGAUAAAACAAAUAUUAUUCAACCACAGGAGAAGAUAUUUAGAGUCACCGAAAACAGAAACCCAGGGAACAAGUUUGAAGAUAACCAGCUAUCCUGCUAUCGAUGUGGAAGUAAGGAACAUUUGUCCAAGUCACCCAACUGUCCGGCUAGAAACAAAACGUGCAGAAGUUGCAAACGAGUAGGACACUUCGAGUCUGUGUGCCGGCAAUCCCAAAAACGACCGGCAAACAAUGUGUCUGAAGGCAGAGUUGCGAAGAAAAUCAGAGCGAUUGAAAGUGUUAGCCAUGAAGAGAGGAUGCAGCCUGCAAGUGUACCUGUAAAUACAGAAAAAAAUGACAGUCAAAAAACAUACUACGCGUUUUAUACCGGUAACGAAUCGAACAAGAUAGAGUGUCGCAUCGGUGGCAUCAAAUGUAAUGUAAUAAUUGAUUCCGGGUCAGAAUGCAAUUUGAUUACAAAGGAGGUUUGGGAAGAAAUGAAAGCGUCCAAUGUCAUGGUACAAUCUUCUAAAAGAGGCUGCAGUCGGGUAUUGAAAGCUUAUGGUAGCGAUGCACCGUUGAAGAUGAUAGGCUCGUUUACUGCUGAAGUACGAGUUCAGGAGCAACACGUGGUGGCUGAAUUUUUUGUUGUGGAUGGCGGCCAGCAAUGCUUACUGGGCGAUGAAACCUCCAAAGCGCUUGGAGUUCUUAAGGUAGGCCUUGAUAUCAACAGCGUUGUGGAGGAAAAUAUGCCUUUCAAUAAAAUUGCGGGAAUUCAAGUUCACAUUCAUAUGAAUUCAACCAUCAAGCCGGUAUUUCAACCAUUGAGGAAAGUGCCUGUUCCCCUUGAAGCUGCUGUUAACAAGAAGCUGGAACAACUGCUGAAAAGGGACAUAAUUGAAGUCAAGACGGGCCCAACUCAGUGGGUCUCGCCCUUGGUUGUCGUUGGCAAGGCGAAUGGGGAGCCGAGGCUCUGCCUAGAUCUACGAAGAGUUAAUGAAGCUGUACUACGCGAACGUUAUCCGAUGCCGAUAGUGGAUGAUUAUCUGGCUAAAAUGGGAAGAAACAUGAUUCGAAGCAAGCUGGACAUAAAAGAAGCAUUUCUUCAAGUCGAACUGGACCCGGUUUCACGAGACAUCACUACAUUCAUCACCAGUAAGGGACUCUUUCGAUUCAAAAGGAUGCCUUUCGGUCUAGCAACAGCUCCAGAAACGUUCCAAAGAGUGAUGGACGAAGUACUCGUGGGAUGUGAAGGCGCCUACUGGUAUUUGGAUGACGUCAUGGUGGAAGACGUUGUUCACCUCGACGACGAAGCCAAAGUCAGGCUGCUGCUGCGGAAACUUGGUCCAUCGGAGCACGAGAGGUACACCAGUUACAUCCUUCCUAAAAGUCCCAACGAAAUUACGUUCGACGACACAGUCAACAAGUUGAAAAGCUUGUUUGGCACGCCAGGGCCAGAGUCUGUUAUUAGCAAACCGUAUCGGUGCUUGCAAGUCACCAAGCAAGUUACCGAAGACUACAUGAGGUUGUAG